CAAUACAUAAACUCAUACAUUUAAAAUAUUAUUAAUAUUUACAUCAUUUUCCUUACAAUUUGCAUAUUCUACAUGCCUGCCUCUUCAAUCCAUCAUAUUCCUAUGAUACAGGUUGUUGCUCCUACAGAGGAACAAGUGAGGAACCUAAUCCUUGAGAAUCUUCAUGGAUUGAACUUCAAUCUCCCACCUGCCAGCAGAAACCCAAUAACUACGUAAAUGGUCAUUGUGAAUCAAGAACUAAUUGUUGGAGACAGCCACCUAGAACGUAUAAUCUCUAGCCAUUCCAUGGAGUUGGUUGAACAUGUUAUUGAAGGGACAAGUUCAGUGAAGGAGCAGGAGGUGAAAUUCCCCAUAAUAGACAUCUUGAUUUUUGGUUUUCAUAGCAAACAACAACCUGCUCUUCCUGCAACAAGAGGCUCUUUAAUUUGGUAUCCAUGAAUUUAUAUGCCUGUUUCAGCAUCUAUUGCACCUCCAUUAAUGCCUCAUAUAAAUGUGGAUGAAUCUGCUCAGGUGUUCAAUGAAAAUAGUGAAGUGGAGUUAGCAUUGCCUAGAAAAAACUCUUUUGGUAUAGGAAUAAAAUGAUAUAAAAAAAGAGAGGGGUUUUACUUUUCGAAUAGGAUGAAAGACGUAUUCUAUAACACACAAGUAUAAAAGAAAGGAAAAAGAAGUUAAUGCACAUAUUACAAGGUCCAAAAUUGAAAUAGCCUUUGGUGAACAUAUCUUUAGUUGUAAAUCAAGGAAAUGCAAUAUGAUCUUGGCAUUGAAUAUAAGAAAUUUGAAUUAUGUCAUUCACUCACCGAAUAGAAAUGUACGGUUGAACUGUCGGAACCAGCAAAUCAUUGAGAGACUGGACUCUCUCAUUGCUUGCUCAAGGUUCUGUUCUUAUUGGCAACGUGUGUUUGAAUUAUACCAUUUUUUAUUUUUUUUAAAUAAAAAAUGGACGGACACACUCCAGAGCAUUGUGUCCAUUUUGGUUUUUCAUGUCAAAGUGGUCUUCCAUGAGUGGGGCAACAUAUGUGGUCUUCCAUGAGUGGGGCAACAUAUAACACACUUAGGGAAUAUUGGGAUCACAAAAAAGUUCUAGGGAAAAAUAAAAUUUGCUAAAGAAAGUUGUUAUUAUGUUUGGUUUUGCUUGAAAAAAUGCUAAGGAAACUGAAAGAAGAAUGCUUUUUUAAAUAAAAAUAUCAAAUUAGCCCUAAAAUAUAGUCUUGUAUAUGAAUCUACAGAAUCUCAGUGAAAGCAGUGCUCAAUGGAAUCAGGUUAGCAUUUAGCUCAUCAAGGCCUAUAAGGGUCACAGUCUCGCAGAAGUGACAAAGUGUGGCAGCUUCAACAUAUUAUAUUCUUGAACCUGUAAGUUGGAAACAAAUAGAGAAUUAUGUCUGACUGGAGAAUUAUGUUCAUGUAUAGUAUUUGCUUCCAUUAUUUGAAGGCAAAAACUCCCGUUGCUCCCGCAAUAAUCUAGCAUAGAAGAAAAUCCCCUUUACAAUAUGUAGAUGUCACGAUAUAUAAGGGUUCUAGAAUGACACACGAUGAAAAUUUGUCAAAGCCAUUUAAGACUAUAAACCUGAAGAGAUUCAAGCAAAUACAGGAAAGCAGAUUUCAAAGAUGGAACCGACUAGAGUCGACUUGAACAUGUUAAUGCAGUAAAACAUAUCAGAGUAUUCAUCAGUUAAAUAGGGUUAUGGGAAAUGAAACGUUUAUACCCAUUUAUGGUGUAGGCAUAAAAUUCUAGCACAGAAGCACCCAAAAGUCCAGACAAAAGCUCAAAAACAAACACCACUAAAACAAAGAUGGGAAAAACUUACUUGAAUCAUUCUGGCCUUUUCUAUUUCGUGGUUUCAAAAAAUCUUGAAAAUGCAUGUCUCCCUUUCUAUCCUUCGUUUAUAAAAAUAAAAACAAAAUAGAUCUAACUCGAAUGUACAAACAUACAAACAAGGACAAAAGAUAAAGAAAUCCAACUUCAAGAACACGUAGUGAACAGUACAAACAAAUCCAACAACCCAACACUAACAAACAAGGAUAAACGAUAAAGAAGUCCAACUUCAAACCUUGAAAGUGCACUCAAGGUUGUCCAAAAUAUCCAAAGUAUGGCCUCCAAUUGAUUUCGAAUUGAGAUGAAAUCGAAGUUCUCGCUCGUUGAUGAAUAGUGCAUCGUAGGCGUUGACUUACGAUUCAUCGUGAUCCAGCCCCAAGAUAAGUUCACCAAGAGUUGCGCAAUAAGGAUACGAAGAGGAAGCUCCGAAAAUCGAAAUGAAAAGGCUUUAGAACGAUGGAGUAAUCAAUGGGAAAGGUGGACCGCACGGUAGAAUAAUCCUAGAUUGUUGGUUUGAGUUUGGUUGAGACCAUUUUUUGGUGGAGGAAUGCUUUGUAUGAGACAAUAUUUUUGGUUUGAGUUUGGAUUUUCAAAAUUUGAAAUAAAAUUGGGAAGAUUUU